CCAGGACACGUAUCACAGACCCACCACAGGACCAGAGUGUUAUCAAGGGGACCAAGGCUGUCAUGAGCUGUGGAGUUACCCACGACCCCAGCGUGAACGUGAGGUACGUCUGGGAGAAGGAUGGGGCACCGCUGGGCCCUGAGAGUGGCCCACGGGUGCGCCUGGACGAGGCAGGUACCCUCCACAUCACCCAGACCUGGUCGGGUGACAUUGGCACCUACACCUGCAAAGUCAUCUCAGCCGGGGGCAACGACUCGCGCAGUGCCCACCUCCGUGUCCGGCAGCUCCCCCACGCGCCUGAGAGCCCCGUGGCCGCCCUGAGCCCCCAGGAGAAACGGGCCAUCAACCUCACCUGGGCCAAGCCCUUCGAUGGCAACAGCCCCUUGCUGCGCUACAUCGUGGAGGUCUCCGAGAACAAUGCCCCCUGGACUGUGCUGCUGGCCAGCGUGGACCCUGAGGUGACAUCGGUGACAGUGCGGGGCUUGGUCCCCGCUCGCUCCUACCAGUUCCGCCUCUGUGCCGUGAAUGACGUGGGCAGGGGACAGUUCAGCAAGGACACGGAGAGAGUAUCCCUGCCCGAGGAACCUCCCUCUGCACCCCCUCAGAACGUCAUCGCCAGUGGCCGCACCAACCAGUCCAUCAUGAUCCAGUGGCAGCCACCCCCAGAGAGUCACCAGAAUGGUGUCCUCAAGGGCUACAUCAUCCGGUACUGCCUGGCUGGGCUGCCCGUGGGGUACCAGUUCAAGAACAUCACCAAUGCCGAGGUCAACAACCUGCUCCUGGAGGACCUCAUCAUCUGGACCAACUAUGAGAUCGAGGUGGCAGCGUACAACAGUGCUGGCCUGGGGGUCUACAGCAUGAAGGUGACCGAGUGGACACUGCAGGGAGUCCCCACGGUGCCCCCAGGGAAUGUGCAGGCUGAGGCCACCAACUCUACCACCAUCCGCUUCACCUGGAACCCUCCCAGCCCCCAGUUCAUCAAUGGCAUCAACCAGGGCUACAAGCUGAUUGCUUGGGAACCAGAGCAUGAGGAGGAGGCGACGGUGGUGACAGUGCGGCCCAACUUCCAGGACAGCGUCCACGUGGGCUACGUGGCAGGGCUGCGGAAAUUUGCCGAGUACUUCACCUCAGUGCUGUGCUUCACCACGCCGGGGGACGGCCCGCGCAGCCCCCCCCAGCUGGUGCGCACCCACGAGGACGUGCCUGGCCCUGUGGGACACCUCAGCUUCAGUGAUAUCCUGGAUACAUCCCUGAAGGUCAGCUGGCAGGAGCCGCUGGAGAAGAACGGAAUCCUGACAGGCUACCGGAUCUCCUGGGAGGAGUACAACCGCACCAACACUCGGGUCACCCAUUACCUGCCCAACGUCACCCUGGAGUACCGUGUCACCGGCCUCACCGCCCUCACCACCUACACCAUCGAGGUGGCUGCCAUGACCUCCAAGGGGCAGGGCCAGGUCUCCUCCUCCACCAUCUCCUCAGGGGUUCCCCCAGAGCUCCCUGGUGCCCCCACCAACUUGGGCAUCUCCAACAUUGGUCCACGCUCUGUCACCCUCCAGUUUCGCCCAGGCUAUGAUGGCAAAACCUCCAUCUCUCGCUGGCAGGUGGAGGCACAGAUGGGCCAGAGUGGUGAGGCUGAAGAGUGGGGGCUUGUCCAUCAGCUGGCUAAUGAGCCCGACACCCGCUCCAUGGAGGUGCCCAACCUGAAGCCUUACACCUACUACAGUUUCCGCAUGAGGCAGGUGAACAUCGUGGGCACCAGCCCCCCCAGCCUGCCCUCCAGGAGGAUCCAGACCCUGCAGGCCCCCCCAGACCUGGCACCUGCCAAUGUCACCCUGAGGACCGCCAGCGAGAACAGCCUGUGGAGGGGGGACCACAGCUCUGUGCCCCUCCUGGAGCAGGAGUACAACGGGAACCCUGACUCUGUGGGUUACAAGAUCCGGUAUGCACGCGCGGAUGGGCGAGGGCAGCCAGCGGUGCAUGUCAUCCGCGACCGCGUGGAGCGUGAGUACACCAUCGAGGACCUGGAGGAGUGGACCGAGUACCGGGGGCAGGGCCAAGCCUGGAGCCACUCCGUGGUGGGACGCACCCGGGAGUCAGUGCCCUCCUCUGGCCCCACCAACGUGUCAGCAGUGGCCACCUCCUCCAGCAGCUUGAUGGUCCGAUGGAGCGACAUUCCCGAGGCUGACUGCAAUGGUCUCAUCCUGGGCUACAAGGUGAUGUACAAGGAGAAGGGCUCGGAGGCACGUGCCCAGUUCUGGCUGGCAGAGGGCAAUGCCUCCCGCAGUGCCCAGCUGACUGGCCUGGGCAAGUACACGCUGUACGAGAUCCAGGUGUUGGCCUUCACCAGGAUGGGUGAUGGUGUGCCCAGCCGACCCCCCGUCCUCGAGAGGACCCUGGAUGAUGUGCCUGGGCCCCCUGUGGGGAUCCUCUUCCCUGAAGUGAGGACCACCUUGGUGCGGCUCAUCUUGCAACCACCUGCAGCACCUAAUGGCAUCAUUCUGG